AUGGCGGGAGGGGACGGCGUCACCGGAGCAUCAGGCUGGGUGGCCCAGGCCUACGUGAACCAGCGCAAGCUGGACCGCGAGGUGCGGACGCUGCAGGCGCAGGCGGCGCAGUUCGCCCGCCAGACGGCCCAGUGGAUCGCCAUGGUGGAGAGCUUCAACCAGGCGCUCAAGGAGAUCGGCGACGUGGAGAACUGGGCGCGCAGCAUGGAGCUGGACAUGCGCAGCGUGGCGGCCGCGCUCGACUACGUGUGCAAGGGGCAGCUGCAGCCGCCGCCGUCCUGAGCGCCGCGGCCCCC